UCUCGAGAAACACAUUUCCAAUUUGCUUUAUUAGUUUUAAUGGGAAAAUGUGCGAUUUAAAUGACAAUCCAAUUAAGUUAAGCGUUAAGUGGAACGGUAAGGAAUAUGAAAUACCAGAGUUAUCACCAUCGGAUUCGGUGGCUAUGUUAAAAGUAGCGAUCGAAAAUGCUACUGGUGUCCGGCCGGAACGACAAAAGCUUUUAAACGUUAAAAUACAAGGUAAAGUGGCAACUGACAACUAUGCGUUGUCAGAGCUUAAUCUCAAACCAAAUCUCAAGAUUAUGAUGAUGGGUUCAUUAGAGGAGGCGAUAGAAGGAGCUAGAACGAAACCAGAUAUAGGUGAUGAGGUUGUGAAUGACCUAGAUAUUGAAGAGGAGGAGGUUGAUGUCGAGAACCAAGAGAUUUACUUAGCAAAAAUAAAUAAACGAGUGCGAGAUUACAAAAUAAAUAUACUGAAUGAACCCCGUUCUGGCAAAAAAUUACUUGUUUUGGAUAUAGAUUAUACACUGUUUGACCACAGAUCAGUUGCAGAAACGGGUUACGAACUAAUGCGACCCUUCCUUCACGAAUUCCUCACGUCUGCGUAUGAGCACUACGACAUAGUGAUAUGGUCUGCGACCGGCAUGAAGUGGAUAGAGGAGAAGAUGAGGUUGUUGGGUGUAUCGACGCAUCAGGAAUACAAAAUCAUGUUUUACCUGGACUACCUGGCGAUGAUCACAGUUCACACGGCGAAAUAUGGGACUAUUGACGUUAAACCUCUUGGCGUGAUAUGGGGCAAGUAUCCGCAGUACGGCUCAAAAAACACGAUAAUGUUCGAUGACAUCAGAAGAAACUUCAUCAUGAACCCGAAAAGUGGUCUCAAGAUACGACCAUUCCGGCAAGCUCACUUAAACAGAGACAAGGACAGAGAGUUGUUACAUCUGGCCACGUAUUUGAAGGACAUCGCACUCUACUGUGAAGAUUUCGAUACUUUAAAUCAUAAAAAAUGGGAGAAAUACAAGCCCGAUAAGAGAUCGCAGCACGCCGGUAGUAAAAGAAAGGCCGAAGACAGUCCGUCGAAACCUAAAUAAUGAAGUUAGAUGCUUUAAGAUCUCAUUGACACAGUUUAGCAAUCAUACAGUUCAGAUAUUUUUAGUUGUUAUGCCCAAAUAAGCUGACAAUCUUAAUGCAUAUUGUGAGAGUGAAAAUCUGAAUUUAAAAACUGCACUCGCUCAUUCGCUAUGAUUACGUUUAAGCAAUAAAUCGAACGCGUCCAACUUGCCAAGUAAAAAACUUUUACGUAAUUUUACAUAAAAAACAUUUUUUUAGUUUUACAAAAAAAAAAAUAGAAAAAUAGCCUCACAACAAGAAAUUGUUUGCAAGAUUAAUUUAUACCGAAGCUUCUGAACGGUUAAAGCAGAAUAAGCUUCUUUGUAUCAUAUAAUUACUUCAAUAUUGGAUGUCGGCUCACGUUUGCUUACCUAAUUUUUGACGACCUCCCUGUCGCAACGGUGAGCACUGUGAAUUGAAGUGGGAGGUC